AGAAGAGCCGUUUGUUUUCGUGCGAGGUUAAGCAUAACCUAGCAGGUUAGGCUUAUAUUAUAGUACUUGCUAUUUUGAAUGCAAUAGCAAGUAUUUUAUGUAGCAGACAUUUAAUAUUCAUCAAUUAAAAAUAAAAGAAUUUCAAAGAGGAUGGCAGUAGUGAUAGAAACCACCAUAGGAGAUUUUACAGUGGACUUGUACAUUGACGAGCGUCCACAAACCACGCGGAACUUCUUAAAAUUAUGCAAGCUCAAAUAUUACAACUGGAAUCUGUUCCAUUCGGUACAAAGCAACUUUAUCGCACAGACUGGAGACCCAACUGGUACUGGAAAAAGUGGCGAGAGCGUAUACGGCAUUGUACUUGGUGAAAAGGCGCGCUAUUAUGAAGCUGAACAGAUACCAAAAAUCAAACACAGUAGGAUCGGUUUAUUGUCUAUGGUAAACUGUGGAAACGACAUGUUGGGCUCACAAUUUUUCAUCACACUGGGAUCGGAGCUACAGUCCCUGGACACCGAGCAUUGUGUUUUCGGUGAAAUAACCGAGGGUCUCGAGAUAAUUCUUAAGUUUAAUGAGACUCUCUGCGACGGGGAUCAUAGACCCUAUCAGGACAUUUGGAUAUCACACACAGUCAUUUUAGAGGAUCCGUUUGAUGAUCCCUUAGGAUUCGUAAUUCCCGACAGAAGCCCGGAACCGACGAAAGAAGUUCUAAUGAGUGACAGAAUCGGAGCACAUGAAGUACUUGAUGAUACGGCUGGUAUGAGCAUGGAAGAGGUUACGGAGAUAGAAAAGGACAAGGAGGCGAAAGCAAGAGCGACGUUGUUGGAGAUUGUGGGCGAUAUACCGGAUGCAGAGAUAGCUCCGCCGGAAAAUGUCUUGUUCGUCUGUAAAUUAAAUCCGGUUACGAACGAUGACGAUCUUGAAAUUAUCUUCAGUCGUUUUGGGAAGAUUGUCGGUUGCGAAGUUAUAAGGGAUCAUCAAACGGGAGACUCUUUGCAGUACGCAUUUAUCGAAUUCGCCGAUCGCAAGAGCUGCGAAGAGGCGUACUUCAAGAUGGACAACGUCCUGAUCGAUGACCGUAGAAUACACGUGGACUUCUCGCAAUCGGUCGCGAAGAUGCGUUGGCGGGGCAAGGGAAAGGGUAUCCAGCAUUUCGACGAGAGGAGUCAAGCGAAGAAACGUGAUGAGAAUAGCAGGGAUAAGAGGAAGGAGGACAGGAUGCACGAUGAGCAUUAUGAGGAAGGUAAAUACGACAAACGAAGGGACAAAAGAAGAAAGGAGGAACGACAGGAUAGAAGUGGCCAUCGGAGAAGGGAUCAGAGCGAAGAAAGAUCCGAAAGGAGGAGCAAGAGGGGCGAAAACGAUGAUCGAAGGAGAAAUCGCAGCGAGGACAGGUCGGAAAGAAGACACAAGAGGGACGAAAACGGCGUCCGCAGGAGAGAUCGCAGCGAGGAUAGAUCGGAAAGAAGAAGCAGAAAGAACGAGGAUCGCGAUCGAAGGAGAGAUCGCAGCGAGGACAAAUCGGAUAGAAGGAGUAGAAAGGAUCAGCACAGCGAUAGGGAGCAUCGGCGUCGCGAUAAUGACGGAAAGAGACCGACGGAGGACGAAGAUGAUGCCAGGUACGGAGAAAGGUCGCACAAGCAUAAAAAGAAACGGUGAAAGGAAAUUAAUGUUAAGAAAAAGUGAGCAAAUAAUGUGACAGAAAAUUUAAAUAAACCCAAGAACUGGGUUUUUUCCGUAAAA